AUCCUUUUCUAAUUCUACAAUCUAGAAUCUGUAGUUAUUCACAGACUUGACUUGCUUUCUUCAAGAAGGUCAAAGAAGAGUAGAUAUAUUAGAAAUUGUUUCUCAUCAGGGGAAUUAGCCUGCUUCAUCUUCUUUCACUUUUCUUCUCAUGAGCAUUAAUGCAACGCCUCCCAUGAAUUCUACUUCUGCUGAUUCCCUCGAAUCGUCUGUUCCUAGGAGAAAUUCCAAGAGACCCAAGUAUUCUAGGUUUACGCAGCAGGAACUCCCAGCGUGUAAACCCAUUCUUACUCCAAGAUGGGUGAUUUCAGCAUUCUUGCUUGUGACCAUAGUUUUCGUACCAAUUGGACUUGCAUCUCUCUUUGCUUCCCGCGAUGUAGUUGAGAUUGUUGAUCGUUAUGACGCUGAUUGCGCACCAUCGGGCUCAAGAAGUGACAAAGUCCGAUAUAUACAAUCCCUUGCGGAUAAAACCUGCAAUAGAACCCUCACUGUGCCAAAGCAUAUGAAGCAGCCUAUUUAUGUCUAUUAUCAGCUUGACAACUUUUAUCAGAAUCAUCGAAGGUACGUUAAGAGCCGAAGUGAUCAGCAAUUGAGGAGCCUAAGUCAUGAGGAUGACACAGGUGCCUGUAAGCCUGAAGAUAAUGCAAAUCAAACGCCAAUAGUGCCUUGUGGCCUUGUAGCCUGGAGUAUGUUCAAUGAUACCUUUAGCUUCUUCACUAAUAAUAAUCAGCAAUUGCCUGUAAACAAGAGCGGUAUAUCAUGGAAAAGCGACAGGGAUCAUAAGUUUGGCAAAGAUGUCUUCCCUAAAAAUUUCCAAAAUGGAACUCUUAUUGGCGGUGCACAUCUCAAUGAAUCCAUACCAUUAAGUCUUCAGGAAGACCUCAUUGUAUGGAUGCGGACUGCAGCUCUUCCAACUUUUAGGAAGUUGUAUGGGAGGAUAGAGGUGGAUCUUCGGGCAGGUGAUGUAAUAAAUGUGAUAAUGCAGAACAACUACAACACCUACAGUUUCAAUGGCAAGAAGAAACUCGUGCUCUCUACCACCAGCUGGCUUGGUGGAAAGAACAACUUCAUUGGCAUUGCGUAUCUCGCUGUUGGUGGCUUGUGCUUCUUACUAGCUAUGACUUUCACCAUUAUAUAUCUGGUUAAGCCAAGGAGACUUGGAGAUCCGUCUUAUUUGUCUUGGAAUCGUAAUCCAGGUGGUCACUGAUUGAUGCAGAAGUCGGUUAAAAUGAUAUAUGUUGUGGUGCUGUAUGUAUUCUAACGUCUGUUUCUUUUGACAAUGAUUCUUUGAAAUGUAAUUUGUGGAUAAAGACUUGAGAAGAAAGUAGCAAAAGUUACUGUAUUGUGUUAGAAAAUAGUAAGGUAGUCUUAUCAAGUUGCAAAUGCCAACUUGUGACAUGAAAUUCUUACUUCCAACAUUUUCUCCUUGGAUUGUUCCGUUUUAUAUUAUC